GAUGGUGUUAAUCUUGACUCAAAGGAUCACAAAUCCCACCUUGCGUACCCUGAUCUGGUGAUGGAAGGGAGCUGCCCUUUAGGGUUUGAUUCAAGAGUUCUGUCAUUAUAUUACGAAACUAUUUGGAAUACCUCUGCCUUUCGGCUCUUAGAUGGGAGUUUUCUUCUUAGUAACGGCGAUAGGACAGGCUUUAGCUAUUAUAGCGACUUCUUAAAUAGGUGGAAUAUUGAAGUUCUACAACAAGCAAUUACAAGUUGCACAAAUUUAUCCGGAAGGUUAGAAGAUUGUUCUAUCUUUAAUAUACAGUUAGAACAGAGUACAGGCCAAUGC